UGUCGCAAUUAUGAUUUGUGUGUGCACAGAGCACACCGUGACCUUCUCAAGGGUACCAGCAAUAUUCCAGCAUAAUAUUGCGUGUAAAAAGGAAGUUAGCGAUAUUGAUAACAUACCACACUGUACGCACGAUGUGUAAGAAGAAAUCCACUCCUGCUUUAUCAGUCCUCUCCUGCGCUACUUCCAACUCGCCCGAUCAGCAUUGAAACCACCUAGUUAUCGACGUUUUAUUCUGGUCUGACUGUCGCAAUGGGCGACGCUGCGGGCGACACCGCCCUGCCGGGCUUCCUGCAGACGACGUUCGGGUAUGUGGAGGAUGUGUGGGUCAAAGGACCAGCGCUGCUGUCGGACUACGCCAGUCUGGCGCGCGACACCUGGAAGGCCUACACGGAUUCUCAGUCGAAACGCUUCGAGCACCUCCCAGCGGAGCAACAGCAGAAGCUGAUGAACUCCGGACUGGAUGGGGCGGUUAUCUUCCUGCUGAUUACGCUCGUCUCCCGCGAGAUACUGGAUCGGUUCGUCGAGCCGUUUAUUGUCACACACACGCAGCCUCCGGGGAAAGGGGCCAAGCCGGCUCUGUUGACCUUUCAGCAAGCCAAGUGGAUAUUCACCAGCAUUAUUCUGCUGUCCAUAUGGCAUUCCAACAGUCACAUGUUCUUUGACUUCGGCGCGCCGGUGGAUCUCGGCCUGUUAGUCGUCGCGGUGGCCGCUGGACUGGGCACCAUGUACCAGACGACCCACUCCCCGGCCGCCUCCGCCAUCUUCCUGCUCAUCCCGCUCCUGGCCCUGGCCCCCGUCUCCGUCACCGUGGCGGCCAUGCAACAAGGCCCCUUCUUCACUGACCCCACCCACUUCCCCUGUUACCUCGCCGGCAUCACCGUGGCCACCGCCCUUUACUUCCUGUACGACGCCCCGGCCACCUCCGUCAUUCAUCCCGGCGACACCCACCCCACGCCCUUCUGGACGGCGCUUCGCUCCGAACUGGCUGCCCUCCGGACCACCCAGGCCGUGCCCGCUGCGGGGCUAAAGAAGGGCGCCCCGCCCCCCAAGAGCCCGCACCACGGGGACCACCACGCCCCGUCGGGCGCCGGGGGGAUCCGCAACGCCCUGGUCGGGCCGGUGUACAAGGUGGCCGGGCUGGUGCAUGUCGUGUACCAGGCGGUGAUGAACGCGGUGUGGAUGAUCCUGGGGAAGAUCCCGGUGCUGGGCGGGUACGUGCACGCGGGGACCCCAGUGAAAGGACGGGUGGGGGCGCGGCCGAUCACGGCGUCCCGGUCUGGCGCGCCGGCGACCCCGCCGAAACUGUCUAAUCGGGUGUCCAGACGACGGGAGGAGGAGUAGAGUGAAAGACAGCAAAGGUCAUUUCGCAUUAGUAUUUCUGUUAUGCUGUCGCUUUCUCGUAUGUGAUGUCCCGCGACGAAGCGCAAUAAAAAA